CUCCAUGGCCGCCACCGACCACCACAGCCACCGCCCCACCACGAAAACCGUUAACAAGCCUUUUAAAGCCCGCCACGCUUCCAAGAACUCGCUGAAGAACGCGCAGAAGGGCAAGGUCGAAGCGUGGGAGACGGCAAAAGGCACAAGAAAGACACCGCAUCAGCAGGUCAUGUCCAAGUUUGACCGUAAGAACCGUGCCAAGCAACUUCGCAUUAACCACGCACACGAUCGCGACGACAAGGCCUCCGUGUUCGCUGGAAAGGAUGGCGCUCCGAGAAUCGUUUCAAUCGUGCCGCUUUGCCAAGAUAUCAAUCAGAGCGACAUCAUCAACGAGCUUAAUGGGAGUGUGGAUGCCGAUUCGGAGGAGCAAGCACAGUCGAGCGUGUGGAUACCACGAUUCAAGCAGAAAGUUCGAUAUUUGACCCCAUCUCGCGACAUGCUACAGUGCUUAGAUAGCUGUCGAGUCGCAGAUUUUGUCCUCUUCGUGCUCAGCGCCAAUGAAGAAGCGGACGAGCGAGGAGAGCAGAUCUUGCGAUGCAUCGAGGCGCAGGGUGUCUCGACCGUGCUGACUGGAGUUUAUGGCUUGGAUAAGGUGGAACCGGCGAAGAAGAGACCCGAUGUCGUCAAAAGCUUGAGGAGCUUCAUUACGCAUUUCUUCGCUACGCAAGAAAAGGUGCACGAUCUGGGCAGCAGACAGGAUUGCAGUAAUGUUAUGAGGAGUUUGUGCACGACUAUGCCAAAGGGUAUUCGCUGGAGAGAGGAUAGGAGUUGGAUGCUGCUGGAAGACUGUCGCAUGGAAGGCGAGCAAGCCGUCGUUACAGGUGUCGUCCGGGGCAGAGGACUCAAUGCAGACCGACUGGUCCAGGUCGGAGAUUGGGGUGACUUCCAGAUUGAGAAAAUUACCGCUGCACCACUUGAGCAGAGGCAUAAGAAGGCGAAGAAAGACGAGAUGGCUGUUGACGUGCCAGAAGGAGAGCAGGUCCUUGGACAGCCUACAGAAGAUUGCGACGAUCUGGCAGAGCUUGCUCCGGAAGAAGCCACCAUGGAUGAUAUGCCCACCGCCUCGAUUGCCCCUUCGGAUCGUAAAGCGGUCCUUCUUGAUGACCACCACUAUUUUGACGAGGACAAAGAUGACGGCAUUCCCGCUCCAAAACGAUUGCCGAGGGGAACGAGCAAAUACCAGGCAGCUUGGUAUCUGGACGAUCUUUCGGAUUCUGGCUCCGACCUCGAAGAUGUAGACGACAAUGAUGACGAUGGAAUGAACAUGAACGGCUCGGUCGCAGCAGGACCUGCAGACGGCCAUUUUGAAGAUAGGAUGGACGAGGCUACGGAAGCGGGCGCUGCUACGGAAUAUGCACAGAGCGAGGCAUUCUUUGAUCAAGCGCCAGAUGCCGAGGCAGAUCAAAUCGAGGCCUAUCGAAAGCAGAGAAGAGAAGAUGCCGAAGAUGACCUGGAAUUCCCAGAUGAGAUUGAGUUGCACCCCCACAUGAAUGCGCGAGAACGGCUGGCACGGUAUAGAGGAUUGAAAAGCUUACGGACAAGCAAAUGGGAGACAGAAGAGGACAAGCCAUACGAACCUGAUGAGUACAGUCGACUGCUGGAGAUCGCAGACUACAAGUCUGCGAAGAAUCGUGUUGUCAAAGAGGCAAUGUUUGGUGGUGUCAAGCCGGGCACGAGAGUGAACGUCCACCUACGGAUUCCCGAGGACCGUCGCGAAGAGAUCGCUUCGCUACCCAAGCCAACGACACUCUUCUCUCUCCUUCGACAUGAGCACAAACGCACUGUAGUGAAUGUGUCCAUGUCGCUCUCCUCAGAACACCCAGAACCGAUCAAGAGCAAGACGUCAAUCGUAAUGCAAUGCGGUCCUCGUCGUGUGCUCAUCAACCCACUGUUCAGUGCUGCAGGGAACACGCCAAACAAUGUCCACAAAUUCGACCGUUACCUGCAUCCCGGACAAACAGCAGUAGCAACCUUCAUCGGCCCGGUGACUUGGGGAUCAGUGCCUUGUCUUUUCUUUUCAACGCCGAAACCUGCUACUGAUGCUGUAGAAGACCUCGCUCAAUCACUGAAUCCCACCACCGGCCUUUUCACGAUGAUCGCGACUGGCACCACGUUACCGCCAUCAACGCAGCGCAUCAUUGCCAAGCGCAUCAUCCUCACAGGUCAUCCGUACAAGAUCCAUAAGAAGCUGGUCACCGUACGAUACAUGUUCUUCAACAACGACGAUGUCAACUACUUCCGUGCUUUGCAAUUGUGGACUAAGAGAGGACGAAGCGGUUUCAUCAAAGAGCCGCUUGGUACGCAUGGAUACUUUAAGGCUACGUUCGAUGGCAAGAUCAACCCGCUUGAUGCUGUCGCUGUGAGCAUGUACAAGCGAGUGUGGCCGAGACAGGCGCAGAUCUGGCGGGCGAGUCAGCAAGGCGAUGAGGAGGCGCCGCAGUUGAUGGAGGUAGAAGGUUGA